AUGGCAUUAAAUAUUCUUGUUAUUGUUGAAUAUGGUGCUCAAAAACAACGAAUUUCUCUUAAUUCAAAUAGUUCAUAUAAGGAUAUAUGUGAUCAAAUUUAUUCACUUUUUAAACUUGAUCCUAGUAAAUCAAAAUAUAUUCUUCAACAACAAGAUUCUUUUAAACCUGGAUUAUUUAUCAAUGUUGAUGAACGAUCAUUUACAAAUGAUUUAAAACAGUAUGCAACAAAGAAUAUAAAAAAUCCUCUGAUACGACUUCGUCUUGCGCCAGCAAGUUCGAAAAUUUUGUCAAAAGCAACAAAUGGAGUUGUUAAUGGUGAAAAAGCAUGGUCAACAUCAUCACAAUGUCAACAUGAUGAAAGUGAUCAUGUUAGCUGUACUUCAGCAACAACAAUUGAUAUUAAACAAUUGAUUAAAAAAUGUUUAACGAAUUUAAAAGAAACAACAGAAAAUAUUCAAUUACUUGAUCGUUAUCUUCAUCCAGAAGAUUAUAUUGAUGAAGAAUGUCAAUCAGUAAAUAAAUCAUCUACAAAUACACAACAAUCUUCAUUACCAGUACAUACUCCAAUAAAUCGUCAGAUCUCACAAGCAUCAUCCAUAUCUGAUUCUCGUAUACCUUCAUCAAAUAUUGUCGAUGAACUUAUUCCUGCUCUUAAUCAUUUGAUAAAUACACAACAACCAUUAUCAUCAUCAUCAUUACUUUCUAUGAAUAAGCCUGUUGAAUCGCCACCAGUACUUCCACAAACAACAGCUAACUAUCAAACGCAAACGCAAACAUCAAUAACUAUUACAAAUGUAUCAUCACGUUCGUCCAACAAAUCUUUUAGUAAUCGACUUGGUAUGAUGAUACCACCGAAUCAGGUUCAAAAUUCAAUUGUUCAAAAAUCAAAGUCAACAUCACCAUCUCAUCAAAAUAUACUACAAAAAACAAAAUCACCAGUAAUUGUCAAGCAGCAACCAAUAACUCCAUUUAAUAAUAAUCAAAAUCAAAAUGAACAAUCUUCGAACGAAAUUAUACCAUCACCAUUACCUAAAUGUAAAAUUGAAUUAAAACAAUUUGAACCUGGUACUACUGUUGAAGGUAUUGUUUCGGUUGCAUCAAAUGCUUCCUAUUUCUUUUUACAACUUAUUGAUGAAAGAAAAGAUGAAUUUGAUCAUUUUUCAAAAAGUUUACAUGAAUACUAUUCAAAUCUUGAUAAAAAUACUCAUUAUCGUCCAUUACCCGGUGAUUAUUGUGUUGCUAUGUAUACAGAUGAUGCUCGAUGGUAUCGAGCUCGUAUUAUACGAUAUAUUUCAGAUCAAACAUGUGAAGUAUUCUAUAUUGAUUAUGGUAAUAUGGAAGAAUUGCCAAUUGAUUUAUUACAUGAAAUUUUACCUGAUUUUGUUCGAAUAUCUGCUCGUGCUAUUGCAUGUACUAUUGCUGAAAUAUUACCACCGAAUGGGCAAGAAGGUUGGACAAAACGUGCUACAUUUGCAUUUGCUUCACGUUGUAGUAAUGAACGUGUUCAAGCAACUAUUGUUGAAUCAACAAAUAUUAAAUGGCCAAUGCAUAUUGUUCAACUUCGUGUUUCAAAAACACAAGAGGAUAUUGGAGCGUCACUUGAAAAUUGUAAAUUAGCUCGACAUGUAUCGAAUAAUGAAAUAUGUGAAUUUUGGUCGAAUAAAAUUCGUCUCGAACAAUACAUCUUAUACAAUUUACAAGAACCAAAUCCAAAUCGAUUUCCAUUAAUUGAACAAGGUACAUCUUCUUAUUUCCAUUAUAUGACUACUAAUCCAGUUAAUUUUUCACCAUCAACUAUUAUUAACAUCUUCGAUGAAAAAUUCCAUAGCAAUAUUGAUAAAGUUAGCAAAGAUUUGGCAUUUGUACAUCGAAAUUGA